AUGUUUCGUGUAACUUGUGCUGUUCUUUCCCGGUUAUUACCUUCCAAUUCAUCUCGUCAGUGUUACUGUAUCAGGAGAUGUUUCCUUCAUGCCACAAAUUCAUUACGCUUUGCUUCUACUGGCAGUGAUAAUCCUAGUGACAAAAAAGAAACAGUAAGAAAUGAAGAUUUGAAAUUGGAUAUGGCAGACUUAGAAGAGGCUUUGAAAAAAGAUGAAUUGCCAACAGAUCACAAAAAAAGCAUUCGACAGUUAAAGGAACAGAGGAGAGGAAUUCGAGACAUUUUCACAGGAAAGCUGGCGAUGAUUAUUGUUGGUGUCAGUGUUAUCCUAGUUAUCAUCUUGUCAGGUCUGCGUGAAAAGAAAAUGAGAGAAUUGGAAAACGAAAGGAAGCAAACAAUCGGUAAAGCUCGAAUUGGUGGUCCGUGGGAAUUGGUCGGCAUGGAUGGUAAAUUAGGAGGAUCUGAACAACUCAAAGGAAAUUGGCUUUUAUUGUAUUUUGGUUUCACACACUGUCCUGAUGUUUGCCCCGAUUCUAUUGAAAAAAUGGUUGAGGUUGUGGAAAUUCUUGAAAAAAGUGAAGAAAAAAUCAAAGUAGUUCCAGUUUUCAUAUCGGUGGAUCCAGAACGUGAUACAGUUAAAAGAGUGACGGAAUAUUGCGCAGAAUUUUCUCCCAAAAUAAAAGGCUAUACUGGUUCGAAGGAACAGGUUGCCAAAGUAGCAAAGGCAUUUCGCGUUUAUUAUAGUCAAGGACCUAAAGUAGAUGGAAAUGACUAUAUUGUUGAUCACACUGUUAUCAUGUAUUUAAUGGAUCCAGAUGGCGAUUUUCAUGAUUAUUAUGGUCAGAAUCGUUCUGCACAAGAGAUAGCAAAGAUUAUUAAACUGAAAAUGUCUUCACCUGCAAUACCGAAACAUUAUGCCGUGCGUAUCCCGAAACGCAAUGGAUUUAGACGUUAUUCAAUCUUGAAAUUCAACGGCACUUUAAAAGUUGAUCCAGGCAAAUGGGCAACAGCUGAUUGCAGCAUACGAAUGGCACGUGAAGAUAAUAAGGAACAAGCAGCUGCAAAUGAAAUUCGGCAGGACUACGGAGAAGGUUCCGAAUAUGGUAAAGCAUUGCGAGAAGAAGCACGGCGCAAGAAAUACGGCCGACAGCUACAAGCCUAUCAACAUGACAAUCAACCCUGGAUGCUAAGUAUUACAGAUUCAAGUACUAAAGAACGAAAAUUUCGUAGCAUUCGUGAAGGUGGAGCGGGAGAACAUGCAGACUAUUGGGUGUUUUUGAAAUCAGGGGAAGAAUUUCAUGCUUAUAAAGUUGACGAAUGGUAUCAAUUUGUGCCAUUUUCUACUCAUCGAACUCUAGACAUUGAUCAAGCAGAAGAACGGUUUCGUGAACGAAACCGUGUCAUGAAUCAGUUUGCCCUAAAAGCUCAGAUACAACAGCAGCUGAGAGUUAUGGAUGAGGAUGGUGAACAAAUGAUAAAAACAACUAAGUCACUUAAAAUUAAAGAUGAAGACAGUGCGGAUGAGAAUUCUGAUGGCGAGAAAGGCGAUGACGAAGAUGAUGCUCCUUUCGGAAGUUUGCAGUCGAAAAAGAACUCGAAACUCGCUGGUCGGGUUCGAAAAGAUAAAAGGCAACGAGUAGAGAAUGCAGAUGAAGUGGCAGCUUAUGAAAGUGAUGAUGGUGAUGAUGAGGGUCGAGAAUAUGAUUAUAUGAGUGAUAGUGGUUCAGAAAGCGAGUAA